AUGAUAUUUUCUGCAAUUAGGAAGAGUAAUGUGUUUGCUCGAUGGUUGGACGCAACUCAUUCGUGGCAACGGAGUAAAUUUGACAGGGCGCUUUCCUCCAAUAACCACAAAGGAGGUUCAACUAUUUAUGCACUAUCAUCUGGGCCCAAUUCCUUCACGGGAGAAGAUACCGUCGAGUUUCAAAUCCAUGGCGGUCCCGCAGUUUUAACCUCUCUAAUGUCAGCCCUCUCAAAAUUAAAAUUUCGUCUUGCCGAACCCGGAGAAUUUACUAGGCGAUCUUUUUACAACAACAAACUAGAUUUGACCGAAAUCGAAGGUCUCGCAGAUUUAAUACACGCAGAAACCGAACAGCAACGAAGACAAGCUCUUCUGCAAGCUGACGGAAGUCUCAGCGAAUUGUACAACAAUUGGCGACGUGCUUUGUCCCAUUCUCUAGCUCAUUUGGAAGCCCACAUUGACUUCAGCGAGGAGGAAAACAUCGAGGGAGAUGUCCUCGAAAAGUGCCACCAAAAUUUGAAGGAUUUGGCCCAGAAAAUUGAGGAUCAUUUGGCCGACGGCCGCAGAGGCGAGAUUUUAAGGAGUGGCGUCAGAACUGUGAUUUUGGGGAAACCAAAUGUGGGGAAGAGUAGCUUGCUGAAUAAUUUGGUUCAGAGGAAUGCUGCGAUUGUUACUUCGGUGGCUGGAACGACUCGAGAUAUUAUCGAACUGACUUCGAAUAUAUCCGGAUAUCCUGUGAUUUUGGCGGAUACGGCUGGGCUUUCGAAAAAUUCGGAAGAUUUUAUAGAAAAGGAGGGAAUUCGAAGGGCGAGGCUUCAUGCGGAGAAGGCUGAUUUUAUCAUUUUGGUGGCUGAUGCCGCCGAGUUUCAGAAAAGCGGAAAGUCCUUUGAAGAGUAUCUUCGAGAGUAUGUGGAGAGUUUGGAGUUGGGAGCGAUUUUAGGAGGUGGAAAAUUGAGGAAAAAUUAUGUGGUUGUUAUGAAUAAGACCGAUUUGCUGGAUGAGGAAGUGAAAACGGUUUUUAGAGGAGAUAAUGUUGUUGCUAUUUCGUGUGAAAUGAAGGAAGGGUUCCAAGAUUUAGUCAAUUGUAUGACGAAAAGUUUUAGUGAAAUAUGCGGCAAUCCAUCUAGAGAAAAUCCAACGAUAAGUCAAACGAGGCACAGAACGCAUUUGAUAAAUUGCCUUGAUCACAUCAAUAAUUAUUUUGAAAUGAAUUCCAAGGAUAAUCAUGAUGCAGUGAUUGAAGCUGAACAAAUUCGUAGAGCCAUGAGAGAACUCGGUAAAAUUACUGGCCAUAUGGCGCCUCGAGACAUUUUUCACGCACGCGCAAAACGCGUUUUUCCUUCUUUCUUUCAACGUGGUUUAUGAGAGCGAAGGAUGGCUCCCAGGUACGAAUUGGCCGUAGGCCUCAACAAAGGUCACAAAACGACGAAAAUCCGAGUGGCGAAAAACAAAUCCGAAAAGGAAAAAAC